AUUUUGCUAGAGCUUAUACCGGCCAUUAGUUCUGAUUACUGGGGAGGUUUUGAGGUGCAACAUGGCAGUGAUGAUUGGAAUCGCUUUCAGAGUUUCUUGGCUUUGUUGCCUGCUAAUUGGUGGGAUAACAUGUUCUACAUCAAGUGAUGGGAGUACUGCACCAGGUUCUGAUGCAGCAUGGCUCUAUGCAGGCUCACUUAGGUUUAAAGGAUAUGGUAAUUACAAUUCUCCAACAGCUCCAUUGCAAGUGCAACUGACCGAAGUACAACAGAAACAUCAAGUCGCCAUCCUACAAAAGCAACUGGCCUCCAUGCCCCAGGCACGUCAGAAAAUGUUGUAUCCAGCGCAAAUGCCUCUGCAGGAAAAGCAACCGGCCACCAUGACCCAAGAGCAGACUCUACCGGCCAGUUAUCCUAAGCAUUCUCAAGCAGUGUUGUAUCCAGCUCAAAUGCCCCAGAAACAACCAGCUACUGAACUUCAGCAUCAGAAGGAUCAGGACUCAAUACCCCAGAAGCAAACGGCUCCAAUGCCUAAACCGCAUAAACAACCAAUAGCUAUGCCCCAGCAAACAUGGUAUCCAGCUCAAAUGCAGCAGAAGCAACCAGCCCCAAUGCCUCCACCGCAGAAGCAGCCAGCCAUCAUGUACCAGCAAGUGUGGCAUCCAGCUCAAUUGCCCCAGCAGCAAAAGCAACCAGCUACUGAACCUCAGCAGCAGAAGGAACCGGCCGCCAUAACCCAGCAACCUCAGCAAGUGUUGCAUCCAGCUCAAAUGCUGCUAAAGCAACUUACUGCCAUGCCCCAGCAAGUGUGGUAUCCAGCUCAAAAGCCCCAGCAGCGGAAGCAACCGGCCGCUGAACCUCUGCAGCAGAUUGAACUGACCGCCAUGCCCCAGCCUCAUCAAGUGUGGCAUCCAGCUCAAUUUCCUCAGGAGCAACCAGUCCCUAUGCGUCAACUGCAGAAGGAACUGACCGCCAUUCCACCACAACUGUUGAAAUCCACUCAAAUGCCCCAGCAGCAUAAGCAACCGGCUGCCAUGCUUCAGCAAGUGUGGCGACCGGCCCCCAUUCCCAAGCAGCCUCAUGACGUGUGGUAUCCAGCUAAAAUGGUACAGAAGCAACAAGCCGCUGCAACUCGGCGGCAGAAGGAACUGACCGCCAUGCCCCAGCAAGAGUGGCAUCCUGCUCAAAUGCCCCAGAAGCAAACAACCGCUAAACCUCAGCAGCAGAAACAACCGACCGCCAAGCCCCAGCAAGUGUGGUCUCCAGCUCAAAUGCCCCAGAAGCAACCUACUGCCUUGUUCCAGCAAGUGUGGACUCCAGCUCAAUGUCCCCAGCAGCUGAACCUCAGCAGCAGAAGGAACUGGCCACCAUAACGCAGCAAGCUUUGCAUCCAGUGAAAAUGCCCCAGCAGCAACAGAAACCGGCCACCAUACCCCAGCAGCAACCGACCGCCAUGCCCCAGCAAGCGUGGUAUUCAGCUCAAAAGCCCCAGCUGCGGAAGCAACCGGCAGCUGAACUUAAGCAGCAAAUUGAACCAACCGCCAUGCCCCAGCUACCUCAGGAAGUGUGGCAUUCAGCUCAAUUUCCCCAGGAGCAGAAGCAACCAGCCCCAAUGCCUUUACCGCAGAAGGAACUGACCGCCAUACCCCAGCAAGGAUGGUAUCCAGCUCAAAUGCCCAAGCAGCAGAAACAACUGGCCACCAUGCCCCCGCAAGUGUGGCAUCCAGCUCAAAUGCCUCGGCAGCAAAAGCAACCAGCUACUGAACCUCAGCAGAAAAUUGAACCGACCGCCAUGCCCCAGCUACCUCAGGAAGUGUGGCGUCCAGAUCAAUUUCCCCAGGAGCAGAAGCAACCAGCCCCUAUGCAUCUACCGCAGAAGGGACUGACUGCCAUACCCCAACAACUGUGGCAUCCAGCUCAAUUUCCCCAGCAGCAGAAGCAACCGGCCUCCACGCCUCCACCGCAGGAGCAACCAACCGCUGUACCCCAGCAAGUGUGGUAUCCAGCUCAAAUAUCCCGGCAGCAACUGGCCUCCAUGAGUGUACCACAGAAGCAACUGACCGGCAUGCCUCAGCAAGAGUGGCAUCCAGCUCUAAUACCGCAGAAGCAACCGGUUGCUGAAUCGCAGCAGAACGAACCGGCCACCAUACUCCAGCAAGUGAGGUAUCCAGCUCAAAUGUCCCAGCAGCGGAAGCAACACACUGCCAUGCUACAGCAGCAACUGACCCCCAUGCCUCAGCAAUUAUGGCAUGUAGCUCAAAUGCCCCAGAAGCAACUGGCCCCAAUGUCUCAGCAGAAGCACUACAAAAGCACUGAAGAUGGUGCCUCUGGUAGCUCUCAGGCCAGCAUCGUUGAACAGUCGGGUGUCAUCCCAAUCUAUUCCUACACUUCCAAAUCACACUACGAGAAUGGGAGAACUGUCUUCUCCCAAACCUGCUACACUCCUAGGGAGUCUAUGCCUGUUGACAGUGGAAAUAAUCCCAAUGGCAGUGAUGUUGGCAUAUUUGAACCAAGCACAUACCCACCACUGGUAAAGGAUCAUACAAGGAAAAUCUAAUGGUGGAUUCAUCCUUUAGAAGCUGAUGGUGAGACGUUUAAUGUCAAAAAUGAAAUAAGAUUCUGUUGCUGACACUGUUGAAAUUUCUUUCAGGUUUUAGUCAUGCUUUUGUUUUGACCAGGAAGUUGCUGGGUCUCUUGCUACUCUUGAAUGAUUGAAUCAAUAAAAAUGUGUCAUUAAAAUA